AUGGGUAGAGGCAAAUUGAGUAUGAAUUUAAUAAGCAAUGUGAAGACUAGGAAAGCCACCUUUAAUAAAAGGAAGAAAGGUUUGAUAAAAAAAGCCUAUGAACUUAAAACCCUUUGCUCAAUCGAUGUUAUCUUGAUCAUCUACGGGCCAAGAACCGACGAAUCCUACCCAUCUCAACCCGAAAUAUGGCCAUCGAACAUCGACAUGGUCAAGGAAUUGAUCGAGUCCUACAAUAGUCAGCCGAUGGAAGAUAUGAAGAGAAAGACUCUUGACUUGUCAAAUUACUUUGAUGAUAGAAACAAAAAGGUCGAGGAUGCAAUUAUCAAGCUGAGGAAGAACAACAAUGAACAACUCUAUCCCAUAUGGGAUGAAAGAUACAAUGAUUUAACCGAAGAACAAUUGAAGGAAUUUAUCGGUUUCUUGCAAACGAAGAUUGAGGAAAUUAGGGUUAGUGUAAUCAUGCAAAACCAAUCUUCAUAUCUCCCACUUGCCCUUCCCGCUCCCACGACAAUGUUAAUGAAAGACGGCGACUUUUACAAUGGACAUGGGGUCGUUGGAUACAAUAAUCCAAACAAUUACCUAGUCGAUAAUUUUUCUUAUGGCUACCCUCAUCAAAAUAGUUCAUUAAUAUCUUAUGAGAUGGAUAAUAAGGUAAUGUUUAAUGGUGUGGCUAAUAAUGUAUAUUGCCCGCCAUUAGGGUUCUACGAUUCAAAAAAGUUCGAGUCGAUGUCAAUGGAAAAUUCUAGGUCUUGGCAAUUAGGGCACAAUAUUGCACUUGCAGACCCUUGGAGUAGUAAUAUGAUUGGGUACAAUGAAAGCGGCAGCAAUGGAAAUUCAAUAAGUAGGAAUUUUACAUAUAUAUAA